AUGCUUAAUUUAAGUGAAAAUUAUUAUCUCCGAAAACAUUACUUAGAAAAUGAGCAAGUUCCAACUCAGACUGUUAUGAAAGAGAGGAUGACACCAGCCCUCGCCAACGUAUAUUUUAAAUCCAUGACACCAAAACUUAAAGUACUUGCUGGCCUAGAACCACCACUAAAAGGUGGUGGUAGUGACUGGUUUAUACCCCCAGAAGACUUAUUAAAAGGGAGAGCUGUCAUGAAACCUAUAAAGCAUGAAUACCUUAGCAAGUUAGGAUUCAUCAGCAUUGACAGGUUUGGCGACAAACUCGUUCAAGAUCACCAUAAGGCUAUGGAAGAAGAGAAACGCAGGGUUCUUCAAGAAAGCGACGCUCAAUGGAAGCUAACUGUAGAGGCAAGUUGUAGCAAACAAUGGGACGAAACAUCGAGGGAUCAAGCUAAACAAAAUACAGCGAAAAUCCAACAAGCUUUCCAUGAAUUUAGUAUGAUAUAUACAACAUCCAUAACCAGUAUAGAAACAUUACUUUUUGAUGCUGCUAUAAAAGAGAUUCAACGUGUCGAAGAAGAGACGUUUAUUAAAAUGUCUAAUCAAUACGCAGAACUUCUUAAACAGCAAGCAACUAUGUUGUACGACAGAUUCGCUAUUAAAAUGUCGAAAGAAAAAGCUAGACAAAAAAAGCAAUUUAUUAACACUGUUGAAAAUGCUCGCACCGAAAUGAGUACUAAAAUUCAUGUUAUUAAUGUCGAAAAACGUGUUGCUGUUGAAAAGUUGCGGAUGCUUCUAGAAUACCAAAACUUAGCAUGCCAAGUAUAUGUAGCAUUAAAAGAACGGGAAGAGUGCAAAAAACACAUGGAACAUUCCAAACACGAACAUAAGAAAAUUGUUAAAGUUUUAACAAAACAAAUUAAAAUGCAAGAUUUCGAAAUAAGACUUGAAAAGGAGAAGGAAGUAAAAAGAGAAGAUUUCAUUAAAGUAUGGCAAAAAAAGAUAUGCCAUGUUGUAAAAAAAUUUCAACUUUUCGUUAAGUAUUGCUUAAACAGUUUGCCAGAAUACGCAGAUUUUUUCUUAAAUAUGGAAAAAUUAAUGCUUUUACAACUUAGCGAGGCUAUGGAUAAUCCUAGAUCCGAAAGUAUUUUUGUCCCUCAGGAAUCGACGUUUCAUGCUCCCGUUCCUAAGCCACAUCCAUUUUUUCUUUUCUGUGAUAAAGGCUAUAAACCGAAAAUAGAUCAAGAUCUAUGUCCAGAGCAUUGCACAUCCAGUGCAUCAUUGUUGCCAGUUAUCGUCGUCAACAAACGAUGUUUAUACGCGGCUUGCGAUAACCUUGAAACUUUCACUGAAAAAGUUAAACAAUUCCUCGAUGGCCACCGCGGAGAUGACGAUGACCUAGUUGAUGAUCAUGACUACAAAUUUGACAUUCCUGUCAAAUGCACAUUAUCCAAUCAGGCACAAGAACUAAAAUUAGAAAGUUCUUUGAUGCAAGUAUUGCAGAAUGAAUUGGCAAUUAUGGAAAACAUGCGAAUAUGCUGUCUCUGUAGUAUGUCAGUAUGCAAUUGUAAAUAUGAAUAUGAACUUGAAAAAGAACCUACGACUUCACUAAAAGCAUUAAAGAAUGAUACGAAAAAGGCAAAAAAAGUUAUAAAAGACUUGACAAUAGCCAAUGAUUAUGGUGAAGAAAUUACUGAGCGAGAGGUAGAAUUGGAACACGAACGGGAACCGAAAUUAGAAAGUUAUCUAGAUUAUAUAAUACCUAAACGUUGCAGGUGUCCAAAAAGAGCAAAAAAACAUUUAGAAGAACAUUUACCAGUUUACAUGCGAAAUAUGUCUCCAUUCGAAGAGAUUGAUCUACCUUAUUACAAAACCUGUCCAGUUGAUAGACUUAAAACUUUAGUGAAGACUGCCCAAAGGAGGCAAACACCAUUACCCCCACCGAAGAUUGAAACCAAGACAAGAGAUAAGAGUACCCAAUAUUCAGAGCAAGAAUGCGAUUUUUUGUGUACAUGCUUUUCUGAUGAAGAGGUAGACAAAAUAUUCCAGAAUGUAUUAAAAGAUUCCAAAUUAUUUGACCAAGGUAGUGAAAGUAAAUUUACUGUUGUGGAUGCAUCACUAUCUCCAACACACCUUCAAAAAAAUGUCAGUUCAUUCGUUCUCGACAGAGCACGUUCUCUGAGACGCUUGAUGGGAGACACGACAGAUUUAGGAGAAAUAUUUAAAAAACAAAAAUGCGAUUUUUAAAAGGCAUUU